UGAACUCACCUGCAAGGAGAGGCAUGGCGUGCAGAGUCCUACUGAGUUUGAGGUCAACCAGCUUCAGGCACACCUUUUCCCUCGCACCUUUUUUCGUCUCUAUAUAAAGAACAGUAUUUAUUAACCCCAACAGGAAUCAUCAGAAAAGCUCUGGCUUGUUAGUUGUCUCGAAAACCAAAUAUGGCCAAGGCAAUGGCAAGCUUGGGCAUGUCCUUGUUAGUCCUCUUCCUAGCUCUGGCAAUGACUCAGAUCCAGGGACCAAGCAAGUGAAGUGCCAAGAAAAGAACUACCCGCUUCGUUACCAUGUGAAGCUCCAUUGUCCUGCUUGUCUCAGGACUUGUAAGGUGGAUUGUGCUUCCUGCCAACUUGUUUGCACCAGUGGCAGCACAGGAGGCGACACCGGCGAUGAAACCCCUACGCCCCCACCGCCUCUAGUGACGUAUCCCUCCCCGCCGCCUCCUCCUACUCCUCUCCCUGUCCUCCCCCCACCAUCGUCAUCUCCCCCUGCCACCACCCCGCCUCCUCCAACACCUCUUUCACCCGUCACUGUCUCUUCUCCUCCUCCACCAGCUCCUAGCAGUAGCUCCACCCUGCAGACUGCCACUCCUCCUCCGCCGCCUACCAGCGGUGGCUCCACCCCUCCUAAUGCCCCUCCAACCGCCACGCCUCCUCCACUGCCUACCGGUGACGGCUCGACCCGUCCCAGUGCCCCCCGACAGCCACGCUUCCACCUACAAGCAGCGGAUCCACACCUCUAAAUGCCCUGCCAACCAGCGUGCCUCCUCCAAGCGGUGGUUCCUCCCCACCUAAUGCCCCUCCGACUGUUAUAUCCUCCUCCGCCUCCAUCAAGCGAAGUAUCGGGAGUGAAGAGAGUGAGAUGCAAGAAUUGGAGUUAUCCUCAAUGCCUUGUAUUGGAGCAAAGCUGCCCAGUGCUUGUCCAUCUUCAUGUCAGGUUGAUUGUGUGCCUUGCAAGCCAGUAUGCAGCCGCGACUAUCCCGACGUGGCGUGCCUGGACCCACGCUUCAUCGGCAGCGAUGGCAUCACCUUCUACUUCCAUGGCAAAAAGAACCGUGACUUCUGCCCCAAACUCCAACCUCCACAUCAACACGCACUUCAUUGGCCGCCGCAAUGCCAACAUGUGCCGCAACUUCACCUGGUUCAAGUCCCUUAGUAUCCUCUUUGGCUCCCACAACCUCUUUGUCGGCGCGCUCGAGACCUCAGCUUGGGAUGACGCUCGUCAACCGCCUCUCCCUCUUCCUCGUCAGCGCCCCCAUCACCCUCCCUCGACACGAGGGUGCCUUGUGGCACUCCAAGACCACCCCACAUAUCUCAUUCACAAGGUACCGCGACACGAGCGCUAUCGAAAUCGAAGCAGAGAAGAACUUCAAGAUCAAGGCCAUGGCUGUCCCGAUUACCCGGAAGGACUCAUUGAUCCACAACCACGGAAUAACCUACGAAGAUUGCUUCAUUCGCUUGGACUUGAGCUUCAAGUUCUACGCAUUGAGCAGCGACGUGAGCAGCGUCUUGGGGCAGACCUACGCAAGGAACCACGUGAGCUGGGCCAAGAUGGGCGUGGCGAUGCCGGUGCUGGGAGGCGAGAGGGAGUCUGCGUCGUCAAGCCUUUUCACCGCCAACUGCGUGGCAUCCUGGUUCUUCGGCUAGUUGGCGCCAUGGAACUCGGUCGAGAGUUUUGA